AUGCCUAAUCCUGCCGAGAUCUUCGAGCAAUCCAAAGUCUUGUUUCCAUCAUCCGACAUCCCCAUCACCCCUGGAGGGUACACAUUGCCCAAAGGAUCUCAUUCAUUCCCGUUCGCCAUCAGCUUUCCUCUGCUCUCUGCCUGCGACCGAUCCCAGUCCCUCGUGAGACAUCUCGAGACAGCCCUUCCUCCAUCCUUCGAUAGUCACGCUCCUGGCCACCGUGGUUCAGUCAAGAUAGAUUACGUCUUGAAAGCCAAGGUCAAGAGACCGGGCAUAUUUCACUGGGACAUUUCGACGCAACAGGAGCUCUUGUUUAUCCCCUUAGAUCCACCGUUGUCUUCAAUACCUUCUGGUCUAGGGCACGGCACGACGACGUCGAGAGAACUUUAUCUUCAUGACAUUGUUCCCACUCGGCAACUGACGGCAUGUGCACAGCAUUCGGCUUGCCAAGAUCCCAUCCUGCUGCUCGAGGCAAGGCUCCCUUCACCCGCAGUCCUAUACGCGGGUGACAAGAUCCCCAUAAGUCUCUUACUCCACAAGUUCCCCGCCAAGCCGGAUAACACCUUUCCCAUCCAGCUGCGAAGCGUGGCAAUCAGCCUCCAGAGCACGACAACAGUCACUGUCGGCAUUAAUCACACUUCAUGGACAUCAUCCCGAAACCUGUUGCAGCUCACGGACCUGAGAAGAGCUGUGGCCAACUCUCAGGAAAAGGACGUGUUGUCGGAGCUUAACAGCAGUAUGCUGCACAACGUAACCAUUCCGAAAAUCACGCCGAGCUUCACCACCUGCACGGUCCGGCACGAACACUCGCUUGAGGUCACUGGCGGAUUCUCACUUGAGACUCAUGCCAAAUCAAGCUUGGUCAAACUCGUCAUUAACGUCGAGAUACAUUCUGGUGUCGAGCGAGAUCUGGACCGAGUACUGCCGGGCCCUCGCGGGGAAUGCGAAGAAGGCGCUCUAGAUCUGAUUCCUGUCAGACCAGGCUGCUUGAGACAUUUGGGUCCGACGGGGGACAACAAUGCCGCUAUUGCCGGUGACUUUGCCUUGCUUGCGGGUGAAGUCCCGCCGGUCCUCCGCAUUUUGGGCGAGAACGGCAUCCAGGUCAAUGCUCUGCACAACCAUAUGCUGAUUGAUUCCCUUGGUCUAUUUUACGUUCACUUCUGGGCGGUUGAUAACUCGGCGAAGCUGGGACGUGUGCUGCGAGAUGCCCUUGACCAGACUAAUUGCACGAAGGCAAGUGCAUGA